UAUGAUUUCUGCCGGGUUUGCCAGGAUGUAGUCGAUCUGUUGGGGUGCGCCUCCUGCCCCGCUGUUUACCACAGGAAAUGGUUUAAUCAUUCGGUGAAGUUAACUCCAAAAGGAGAGUGGAUCUGUCCCCGCUGAAUCCCUCUGCCCGGAAAAGCCGAGAAGAUACUGUCCUGGCGAUGGACUCCCGAAGGACCAUCUACUUCAUAGGGUUCCAAAAAGCCCAAGAUGCAUGAGUUUUUCGUGAAGUGGUACGACAUGUCCUACUGGCACUGCAAGUGGAUUCCCGAAUGGAAAUUGGUUCUGCACCACUCCCUUAUGGUCGCACAGUUCCAGAGAAACUACGAUAUGGAGGAGCCACCCCACAUGGGCGUAAAGCCCGAGUGGCUUAUAGUUCAGCGAGUGAUCCACCAUAGCAAGGAAGCUGAUGGCAGAUCCAGUUACCUGGUAAAGUGGAAGGAGUUGAGAUAUAGCGAGUGCACCUGGGAGAAGGAAAGCAAGGAAAUCCCGAGCUUAAAGCAGGCCAUCGACUUUUACCAGAAACUGCGAUCCAGCCUGAAGGAUCAAAUUAAAGGCACCACUGAUGUGAAAAAAAAAUACGAGGAUCAACCAAAAUUCCUGCAGGGAACUGGCACAAAGUUGCAUCCCUUCCUGCUGGAGGGUGUCAACUGGCUCCGCUACAGUUGGGGCCAUGGCAUCCCCACCAUCGUGGCAGAUGAGAUGGGCCUGGGCAAGACCAUUCAGACGGUGACAUUCCUGUACUCCCUUUUUAAGGAGGGACACUGCCGCGGACUCUUCCUCAUAUCCGCGCCGCUUUCCACACUCGUAAACUGGGAGCGCGAACUGGAGCUGUGGGCUCCGGACUUUUACUGCGUUACCUAUGUGGGCCAGAAGGCCUUCAGAGCUGUUAUCCGCGUCGAGGAAGUAACCACCCGAAAGAUGCCGACCAAACACUCCCAGUUUAAGUUUAACGUGCUGCUGACCAUCUACGAGUUGAUCUCCAAAGAUGCCACCUUUCUGGGCAGCAUCAAUUGGGCGGCCCUAGUGGUCGACGAGGCUCAUCGACUGAGGAGCGACCGAAGCAAGUUUUUCCGUAUCCUUAGCAACUACAGCACCUCCUACAAUCUGCUCCUCACCGGCACACCGCUGCAGGACAAUCUUGAGGAGCUUUUCCACCUGUUGAACUUUCUGAGCCGGAUUAAGGCCGAGUUCGCUGACGUUUCGAGGGAGGACCAAGUGAAGCGCCUGCAUGAGAUCCUGGGACCGCACAUGCUCCGCCGUCUAAAAAUGGAUGUGUUGAAAAACAUGCCCCCCAAGUCUGAAUUCAUCGUGUGAGUGGGGCUGUCGGCCAUGCAGAAGAAGUUCUACCAGUUUAUCCUGACAAGGAACCUCAAGGCACUGAAUGCGAAGAGCGGCGACAUCUGUUCUCUGCUUAACAUCAUGAUGGACCUACGAAAGUACUGUAACCAUCCUUAUCUGUUUCCUUCGGCCGUUGAGGAGGCCGUCGUCUCUACCAGUGGUCUGUACGAAAUCAAUUCGCUUACCGAAGCCUCCGUAAAGCUGGUGCUGCUCUCCAAGAUGCUUAAGCAGCUAAAGGCACAAAACCACCGGGUUUUAAUCUUCUCACACAUGACAAAAAUGCUCGACAUUCUUGAGGACUUUCUCGAGGGGGAGCAGUAGCAAUACGAGCGAAUUGAUGAUGGGAUCAGGGGCACAUUACGUCAGGAGGCCAUUGAUAGAUUAAAUGACCCCGGAUCGCAGCAGAAUAUCUUUCUCCUCAGCACUCGGGAAGUAGGUUUGGGUAUUAACUUGGCCACGGCCGACACGGUCAUUAUUUUCGACUCUGACUGGAAUCCGCACGACAUUCAGGCCUUCUCUCGAGCCCAUCGAAUUGGCCAGGCAAACAAGGUAAUGAUCUAUCGGUUUGUGAGCCACAACUCGGUGGAGGAGCGCAUGAUGCAGGUGGCCAAGCACAAGAUGAUGCUCAGUAACCUUGUGGUGCGCCCGGGAGUGAGUGGCAAGCCUGCCAGCUUAACGAAGCAAGAGCUCGUUGUAAUCGUCCAGUUUGGCACCGAGGAUCUUUUCAAUGGGAACGAUAAAAAGGAGGCUAUCCACUACGAUGAUGAGGCAGUGGCCAAUUUGCUCGGCCGCACCAAUCACGGCAUUGAGGAGAAGGAGUCCUGGUCCAACGAGUAUCUUCUAUCCUUCAAGGUGGAAGAAAUUAAGGAUGAGGAAGAUGGUAACAAACCUGGUGCGGAAAACAAGAAGCCGGCCAACUGGGGCAAUUUGUUGGGCCAACACCAGCGGCAGCAGCAGGAGAUCGUCGUAGUCUGGGAAAGGGCAAGCGCAUUCGAAAUAUGA